UACCAGUCCGUGCCUCCCUCCGUUCCGUCGCCGUCUCCCUCCUCUCUUUCUCUUCCUCAUGCACAUUCACGGUUUAACUGCUGCCACGGCGAGUAGAGGAGGCGGUCCAACCGACGUUUAGCUACACCUCGUAAGGCAAGGGAGUGGGCAGACCCUGUACCGCCGCUGCUCUCGCCUCUACCGUGUACAGUAGGCUACCGUGCUCAUCACGGAUCACGCACUGCUCACGACCUCUGCCCCCCCCCAGCUCGGUUGGCUCGGGCUAUUGUAGGACCUAGGACCUAUAACCUCCAGGCACUCUGGAUCAACCUUUCCAGUUCCGGUAGCAAACAGCGGCAGUUUGAGCAGAGAAGCACAGCACCCAGGUUUCUCUCCGUAGCUUGUCCCUCCUUGCGCUCUGCUCUCUCACAGGCAGACAUGGAAGAUGGUCCGUCUUCGACAAGCUGUUUUCGAAGGAUAACGGACUGUUUUCUGGGCUCAAGUCUGACGGAUGACAAAGUGAAGGCGUAUCUUUCCCUUCACCCUCAGAUGCUGGAUGAGUUUGUAUCGGAGAGUGUGAGUUCAGAGACACUGGACAGAUGGCACAAGAGGAAGAGCAGCGGUAGCCUGCCUGCAGAUGACACGUCAUCAGGCAGCAGGCAGUACCAGGACAGUAACAUGCAGAACGUGGUUCAUGACCUCACCAGUUAUCUGGAACAGCGGCUGGACCCUGGAGGAGACAACAAGCUCCUUUUCUAUGACUUGUGCACCAUCAUCAAAACAGCCACCAAAGCAGACGGAUUUGCACUUUACCACUUGGGAGAAUGCAACAAUAGCUUGUGUUUGUUUAAACCGGCGGGGGCUAAGGACGGUCCUCCCACCCUCAUCCCAGCUGGUCCCAUCACGUUUGGGACCACCAUCGCCGCUCAUGUCGCCACAACACGCAAAAUACUGCUAGUAGAGGACAUCACAGGGGAUGAGCGUUUCCCUGAAGGCACAGGGCAGGACUCAGACUCAGGGAUUCAUGUUUACUCUGUCCUGUGCCUACCCAUCCUCACGGCCAUCGGUGACCUCAUAGCUAUCCUGGAGCUGCAUCGGCACAGGGGCCACGAGCCCUUCAAUAUCAGCAACCAGGAGGUUGCAACGGCGAAUUUAGCAUGGGCAUCUGUAGCUAUUCACCAAGUACAGGUGUGCAGAGGCCUAGCCAAACAGACCGAACUCAAUGACUUCCUGCUAGAUGUGUCAAAAACGUACUUUGACAACAUUGUGGCAAUAGAUUCUCUACUUGAACAUAUAAUGAUAUAUGCAAAAAACCUGGUGAAUGCGGAUAGAUGUGCACUGUUCCAGGUGGACCACAAUAACAAAGAACUGUACUCAGACCUGUUUGACAUCGGGGAGGAGAACGAGGGCAAACCUGUCUUCAGGAAAACCAAAGAGAUUAGGUUUUCUAUAGAGAAAGGUAUAGCGGGCCAAGUGGCACGGACCGGGGAGGUCCUUAACAUCCCAGAUGCCUAUGCAGACCCACGCUUUAAUAGAGAGGUAGACCUCUAUACGGGCUAUACCACGCGGAACAUCCUAUGCAUGCCCAUCGUUUCCAGGGGGACCGUAAUAGGGGUCGUACAGAUGGUUAACAAGCUGAGUGGAAGUGCCUUCACCAAAACAGACGAGAACAACUUCAAGAUGUUCGCCGUCUUCUGUGCUCUAGCCUUGCACUGUGCCAACAUGUACCACCGGAUCAGGCACUCUGAGUGUAUCUACAGGGUAACCAUGGAGAAGUUGUCCUACCACAGUAUCUGUACUUCAGAAGAGUGGAAGACCCUCACGAAGCUGGACCUGCCUACACCCCUAUACAAAGAGAUAGAACUGUUUCAUUUUGACAUUAGUCAGUUUGAGGAGCUGUGGCCAGCUGUCUUUGUUUACAUGGUCCACAACUCAUGUGGAGAGACCAGUUUUGAGCUGGAGAAGUUGUGCAGGUUCACAAUGUCUGUGAGGAAGAAUUAUCGGCGUGUUCCCUACCACAACUGGAAACACGCGGUGAACGUGGCUCACUGUAUGUACGCCAUACUGCAGAAGACCACCGGCAUCUUCACUGAGAUAGAGAAGAAGGGUCUGCUGAUAGCCUGUCUAUGUCAUGAUCUGGACCAUCGAGGAUACAGUAACACCUACCUGCAGAAGUUUGACCAUCCUCUAGCUGCCCUGUACAGCACGUCUACAAUGGAGCAGCACCACUUCUCCCAGACUGUAUCCAUCCUGCAGCUGGAAGGGCACAAUGUUUUCUCCAACCUGACUUCCAGUGAGUACGAGCAGGUGUUAGAGAUCAUCCGCAAGGCCAUCAUCGCUACAGACCUGGCGCUCUACUUCGGCAACCGCAAACAGCUAGCUGAGCUACUGACCACGGAAGCACUGGACCUCAACAACCACCAACACAGGGACCGUGUGAUUGGUCUGAUGAUGACAGCAUGUGACCUGUGUUCCGUUACCAAGCUGUGGCCAAUCACGCGACUCACGGCUAAUGACAUCUACGCUGAGUUCUGGGCCGAGGGGGAUGAGAUGAAGAAGAUAGGUAUACAGCCCAUCCCUAUGAUGGACAGAGAUAAGAAGAAAGAGGUUCCUCAGGGGCAGGUGGGGUUCUACAAUGCUGUUGCGCUCCCAUGUUAUACUACCUUAUCUGAGCUCUUCCCCCCUUCCAGCCCUCUUCUAGAAGCCUGCAAGGAGAACCUUGGCCAGUGGGAGAAGAUAGUAAAUGGAGAGGAGGAGGACAGUGGAGUGAGAGGAGUGUGGGCUCCACCAGAGCCUGUUGAUCCCAGGGUAGAGCCCAGCACUGAGGAACCAUCUAACCCCGACUCAGGCCCUGUGAAGGUGGACAACUGACUGACGGUGAAGCCACUGCUCGCCCUCACUACUUUACAAGUCAAUAUGCCCUCAACACAUCCCCUGCCAUUAACAGGGACUACUUCCUGUCUGAACUGUUAGAGCCUCACUUCAUGCUGAAACAGGAAGGAGGGGGACACAUGCGUAGGGACUAGGGAAGGUGAUUGGUGGAUUUACAAACAAGGGGAUUCUUUUCAGGACCACACAGUUACCUCAUUGGGUGAGGGAGGUGAGGAGGUAACCCUGACAGUCUUCAUUGCUCCGUAGACACACGGAUGGACGGCUGGAGGACAGCGGGGUCUCGAUCAAUUAGGGCACGAAACGGAAACUAACGAGCCGAAACAGGGAGGAACUACCUGGACUUGUCCUUGAGGUGGGGACUCACCUGAUCAACUCCACUGCUUGGGAACCAAUUCAUACCUGUCCAAACGGAUCAGUAUGUCUGUGGUGUUGUUUGGUUUGUUUUAUGUUCCGGUCUUGUAAUUUGCAGAGGCCUUAGUCUUUACACUCUAAUCCUUUAUAAAGGUCAGGAGGGUUGUGAAAUCUUGACUGUUUUUUUUGUAGUUUCAGACUUUAUGAAUGUGUCUGAAAUGCAGUGGCGGUUCUAGACCAUUUAACUGGGGGGGCCAAGCUGGGGCCAGUUUUACUGUUAGAGGGGCCAGUUACAUUAGACGUUAUUGUUGUCAUAUCGUUUUCUUCACUGCAUUGCAGGCAUUAGCAGGCAACAGACCAUGUUCAUAAUCAUCAUCGUUGCCACUGUCUAAUAACGGAUGUAAAAAAAAGAACGAUAGCAAAAAUUAGUUAUGUAAAAAUUAUUUCAUACUCCACAUUUAGGGGGGCACAAGGGGGUCCAAAAUUGUUGUCACAGGGGAACGGCCCCCCCCCCAGAACCGCUAGUGCUGAAAUGGCACCCUAAUCCACUACAUAGUGCACAACUUUUGACCGGAGCAAUAUGGGCCCUGUUCAAAAGUAGUGCACUGUAUUGGUACUGUUUGUUUGCCUGCAGUAGUAGGCUGACUGACUUAUCGCAAGCAAAACUACAUGGGAGGAGGUGGUUGUCUCUCUAAGAGAGACAGAAAGAAUGUUUAGCAUGUCGCAACAAAUAUUUCUAGAAUGUUUUCUGUCACUUUGAGCAACAACAAAAAAAGUGUUUUUGCAGUACUUGAAUGAAGACAUCGAAAAAACAUA